GAUCCGCUGCCGCUUUCCGAGCGAGUGUCAUGGCGGCCGGCGUCGAGCUGGCAGGAGUAACCCACGGAACUGAGGAAAGUCAUUAGAGCUGAGAAAGAAGUGGCCCAAUCUGGACGGUGGGAAUUCGUGGGAAUGAGCAGAAGGCCCUCCGUGGGUGACUGUGUCACUAGAGGCGGGCCCCUGGUAAAAUUCCAGGCCAGGCCUCUGCGUUUCUAGGCAGAACCUGGAGUCGGCCUUGCCUGAGAACCCAGCUUUGUGUUAUCGUAUCCUGUCUCGCGAAGGCAGGCGUUCAAGGAUAUUUGGUCGGAUCGCCCGGCGGCGCUAAACGUUUUCUUUUUUCCGAGCGGACCGGGUCGUUCUCUAAACUCGCCGCGAUGUCGUCCUGGCUUGGGGGCCUCGGCUCCGGAUUGGGCCAGUCUCUGGGUCAAGUCGGGGGCAGCCUGGCUUCCCUCACUGGCCAGAUAUCAAACUUUACAAAGGAUAUGCUGAUGGAGGGCACGGAGGAAGUGGAAGCAGAAUUACCUGAUUCUAGGACAAAGGAAAUUGAAGCCAUUCAUGCAAUCUUGAGAUCAGAGAAUGAAAGGCUUAAGAAACUUUGUACUGAUCUAGAAGAGAAACAUGAAGCAUCAGAGAUUCAAAUAAAGCAGCAAUCUACAAGUUACCGAAAUCAACUUCAACAAAAAGAGGUAGAAAUCAGCCAUCUUAAAGCCAGACAGAUUGCACUCCAGGAUCAGUUGCUGAAACUGCAGGCAGCUGCUCAGUCAGUACCUUCAGGAGCUGGUGUACCAGCAACCACUGCAUCAUCUUCAUUCGCUUAUGGGAUUAGUCAUCAUCCUUCAGCUUUCCAUGACGAUGACAUGGACUUUGGUGAUAUAAUUUCAUCCCAACAAGAAAUAAACCGACUCUCAAAUGAAGUUUCAAGACUUGAGUCUGAAGUUGGCCAUUGGAGGCAUAUUGCUCAGACUUCCAAAGCACAAGGAACAGAUAACUCUGAUCAAAGUGAAAUAUGUAAACUACAAAAUAUCAUUAAGGUAAGUCAAAUUGUUGAUUGAUGAUGGGAGUUAUACAUCUAAAUCUGCUUAUUAAAAGCAUAGGCCUGAAUUAGUAAAAGUCUCAGUUAUAAAAGUCAUUAUCAUUAUAUAGAUUAUGGUACUUCUUUUUCUUUUAGAGAUAGGGUCUCACUGUGUUGCCCUGGCUGGAGUGCAGUGGCAUGAUCAGGUCACUGCAGCCUCAUACUCCUGGGUUCAGGUGAUCCUCCUGCCUCAGCUUCCCAUGUAACUGGGACUACAGGCACACAUGCCACCAUGCCUGGCUAAUUUUUUCUGAUUUUUUUGUAUAGAUGGGGUUUGCUAAUGGUGCCCAGGCUGGUCUCGAACUUCUAGCCUCAAGCCAUCCUCCUGCUUCGGCCUCCCACAACGCUGGGAUUCCAGGCAUGAGCCAACGCGCCUGGUCCAUUUAAAAAUAUAUAUUUUUAAUAUUCUUUAUUAUUUAUGUAAAGUAUAUAAAAAUCUCUGUCUUUCCAGAAUCAUUUGGUUUUGAACAUUUAUUACGGAGCUUAUCUUUCGAACUAAAACAGAACCGAAGUCAGGAAAUUGAUGACCAUCAACAUGAAAUGUCAGUACUGCAGAAUGCACACCAACAGAAAUUGACAGAAAUAAGUCGACGACAUCGAGAAGAAUUAAGUGACUAUGAAGAACGAAUUGAAGAACUUGAAAAUCUGUUACAACAAGGUGGCUCUGGAGUUAUAGAAACUGAUCUCUCUAAAAUCUAUGAGAUGCAAAAAACUAUUCAAGUUCUACAAAUAGAAAAAGUGGAGUCUACCAAAAAAAUGGAACAACUUGAGGAUAAAAUAAAAGAUAUAAAUAAAAAAUUAUCUUCUGCAGAAAAUGACAGAGAUAUUUUGAGGAGAGAACAAGAACAGCUAAAUGUGGAAAAGAGACAAAUAAUGGAAGAAUGUGAAAACUUGAAAUUGGAAUGUAGUAAAUUGCAGCCUUCUGCUGUGAAGCAAAGUGAUACUAUGACAGAAAAGGAAAGAAUUCUUGCCCAGAGUGCAUCAGUGGAAGAAGUGUUCAGACUACAACAAGCACUGUCUGAUGCUGAAAAUGAAAUAAUGAGAUUGAGUAGUUUAAACCAGGAUAACAGUCUUGCCGAAGACAAUCUGAAACUUAAAAUGCGUAUCGAAGUUUUAGAAAAAGAGAAGUCGUUACUGAGUCAAGAAAAGGAAGAACUUCAGAUGUCACUUUUAAAAUUGAACAAUGAAUAUGAAGUAAUUAAAAGUACAGCUACAAGAGACAUAAGUUUGGAUUCAGAAUUACAUGACUUAAGACUUAAUUUGGAGGCAAAGGAACAAGAACUCAAUCAGAGUAUUAGUGAAAAGGAAACACUGAUAGCUGAGAUAGAAGAAUUGGACAGACAGAAUCAAGAAGCUACAAAGCACAUGAUUUUGAUAAAAGAUCAGCUAUCAAAACAACAAAAUGAAGGAGAUAGCAUCAUCAGUAAACUGAAACAAGAUCUAAAUGAUGAAAAAAAGAGAGUUCAUCAACUUGAAGAUGAUAAAAUGGACAUUACUAAAGAGUUAGAUGUACAGAAAGAAAAGCUAAUUCAAAGUGAAGUGGCCCUAAAUGAUCUACAUUUAACCAAGCAGAAACUUGAGGACAAAGUAGAAAAUUUAGUAGAUCAGCUAAAUAAAUCACAGGAAAGUAAUAUAAGCAUCCAGAAGGAGAAUUUAGAACUUAAGGAGCGUAUUAGACAAAAUGAGGAGGAGCUUUCUAGAAUAAGGAAUGAGUUAAUGCAGUCUCUAAAUCAAGACUCUAAUAGUAAUUUUAAGGAUACCUUACUUAAAGAAAGAGAAGCUGAAGUUAGAAACUUAAAGCAAAAUCUUUCAGAAUUAGAACAGCUCAAUGAAAAUUUAAAGAAAGUUGCUUUUGAUGUCAAAAUGGAAAAUGAAAAGUUAGUUUUAGCAUGUGAAGAUGUGAGGCAUCAGUUAGAAGAAUCUCUUGCUGGUAACAAUCAGCUUUCUCUGGAAAAAAACACUAUUGUGGAGACUCUAAAAAUGGAAAAAGGAGAGAUAGAGGCAGAAUUGUGUUGGGCUAAAAAGAGGCUGUUGGAAGAAGCAAACAAGUAUGAGAAAACCAUUGAAGAACUGUCAAAUGCACGUAAUUUGAAUACCUCUGCCUUACAGCUGGAACAUGAGCAUUUAAUUAAACUCAAUCAAAAGAAAGACAUGGAAAUAGCAGAACUCAAAAAGAAUAUUGAACAAAUGGAUACUGACCAUAAAGAAACUAAGGACGUUUUGUCAUCUAGUUUAGAAGAGCAGAAGCAGUUGACACAACUUAUAAACAAGAAAGAAAUUUUUAUUGAAAAGCUUAAAGAAAGAAGUUCAAAGCUGCAGGAGGAAUUGGAUAAAUAUUCUCAGGCCUUAAGAAAAAAUGAAAUUUUAAGACAGACCAUAGAGGAAAAAGACCGAAGUCUUGGAUCCAUGAAAGAGGAAAAUAAUCAUCUGCAAGAAGAAUUGGAACGCCUCAGGGAAGAGCAGAGUCGAACCGCACCUGUGGCUGACCGUAAAACCCUUGAUAGUGUUACUGAACUAGCAUCUGAGGUAUCUCAACUGAACACGAUCAAGGAACAUCUUGAAGAGGAAAUUAAACAUCAUCAAAAGAUAAUUGAAGAUCAAAACCAGAGUAAGAUGCAACUACUUCAGUCUUUACAAGAGCAAAAGAAGGAAAUGGAUGAGUUUAGAUACCAGCAUGAGCAAAUGAACGCCACACACACCCAGCUCUUUUUAGAGAAGGAUGAGGAAAUUAAGAGUUUGCAAAAAACAAUUGAACAAAUCAAAACCCAGUUGCAUGAAGAAAGACAGGACAUUCAAAUAGAUAACUCUGAUAUUUUUCAAGAAACAAAAGUUCAGAGCCUUAAUAUAGAAAAUGGAAGUGAAAAGCAUGAUUUAUCUAAAGCUGAAACGGAAAGAUUAGUGAAAGGAAUAAAAGAGCGAGAACUGGAGAUUAAACUUCUAAAUGAAAAGAAUAUAUCUUUAACUAAACAGAUUGAUCAGUUGUCCAAAGAUGAAGUUGGUAAACUAACUCAGAUUAUUCAGCAGAAAGAUUUGGAGAUACAAGCUCUUCAUGCUAGAAUUUCUUCAACUUCCCAUACUCAAGAUGUUGUUUACCUUCAACAGCAACUGCAGGCUUAUGCUAUGGAAAGAGAAAAGGUAUUCGCUGUUUUGAAUGAGAAGACUAGGGAAAAUAGCCAUCUAAAAACAGAGUAUCACAAAAUGAUGGAUAUUGUUGCUGCCAAGGAAGCAGCUCUUAUCAAACUGCAAGAUGAAAAUAAAAAAUUAUCCACUAGAUUUGAAAGUAGUGGCCAAGAUAUGUUUAGAGAAACUAUUCAGAAUUUAUCACGUAUCAUUCGAGAAAAAGACAUCGAAAUAGAUGCACUAAGUCAGAAAUGUCAGACUUUAUUGGCAGUUUUACAAACAUCCAGCACUGGUAAUGAGGCUGGAGGUGUUAAUAGUAAUCAAUUUGAGGAGCUUCUACAGGAACGUGACAAGUUAAAACAGCAAGUAAAGAAAAUGGAAGAGUGGAAGCAGCAGGUGAUGACCACAGUACAAAAUAUGCAACAUGAGUCAGCCCAGCUUCAGGAAGAGCUUCACCAACUUCAAGCACAGGUUUUGGUUGACAGUGAUAAUAAUUCUAAAUUACAAGUGGACUAUACUGGCCUGAUCCAAAGUUAUGAGCAGAAUGAAACCAAACUCAAAAAUUUUGGGCAGGAAUUAGCACAAGUUCAGCACAGCAUUGGGCAGCUUUGCAAUACCAAGGAUCUUCUUUUAGGAAAACUUGAUAUUAUUUCACCCCAGCUGUCUUCUGCAUCAUUGCUUACUCCCCAGUCUGCAGAGUCUCUUAGAGCAAGUAAGUCUGAAGUAUUGAGUGAAUCUUCUGAAUUGCUUCAGCAAGAGUUAGAAGAGCUAAGAAAAUCACUACAGGAAAAAGAUGCAACGAUUAGAACUCUCCAGGAAAAUAACCACAGAUUGUCUGAUUCGAUUGCUGCUACCUCAGAGCUAGAAAGAAAAGAACACGAACAAACCGAUUCAGAAAUCAAGCAGCUAAAGGAGAAACAAGAUGUUUUGCAAAAGUUACUUAAGGAAAAAGACCUCUUAAUCAAAGCCAAAAGUGAUCAACUACUUUCUUCCAAUGAAAAUUUCACUAACAAAGUAAAUGAAAACGAACUUUUGAGGCAGGCAGUAACAAACCUGAAGGAGAGAAUAUUAAUUCUAGAGAUGGACAUUGGCAAACUAAAAGGAGAAAAUGAAAAAAUAGUGGAAACAUCCAGGGGAAAGGAAACAGAAUAUCAAGCGUUACAAGAGACUAACAUGAAGUUUUCUAUGAUGCUGCGAGAAAAAGAGUUUGAGUGCCACUCAAUGAAGGAGAAGGCUCUUGCUUUUGAACAGCUAUUGAAAGAGAAAGAACAGGGCAAGACUGGAGAGUUAAAUCAGCUUUUAAAUGCAGUUAAAUCAAUGCAGGAGAAGACAGUUGUGUUUCAACAGGAGAGAGACCAAGUCAUGUUGGCCCUGAAACAAAAACAAAUGGAAAAUACUGCCCUACAGAAUGAGGUUCAACGUUUACGUGACAAAGAAUUUCGUUCAAACCAAGAGCUAGAGAGAUUGCGUAAUCAUCUUUUAGAAUCAGAAGAUUCUUAUACCCGUGAAGCUUUGGCUGCAGAAGAUAGAGAGGCUAAACUAAGAAAGAAAGUCACAGUAUUGGAGGAAAAGCUAGUUUCAUCCUCUAAUGCAAUGGAAAAUGCAAGCCAUCAAGCCAGUGUGCAGGUAGAGUCAUUGCAAGAACAGUUGAAUGUAGUUUCCAAGCAAAGGGAUGAAACUGCGCUGCAGCUUUCUGUCUCUCAGGAACAAGUAAAGCAGUAUGCUCUGUCACUGGCCAACCUGCAGAUGGUACUAGAGCAUUUCCAACAAGAGGAAAAAGCUAUGUAUUCUGCUGAACUCGAAAAGCAAAAACAGCUUAUAGCUGAAUGGAAGAAAAACGCAGAAAAUCUGGAAGGAAAAGUGAUAUCAUUACAGGAACGUUUGGAUGAAGCAAAUGCUGCAUUGGAUUCAGCAUCAAGACUUACAGAACAGUUAGAUGUAAAAGAAGAACAAAUUGAAGAACUUAAAAAACAAAAUGAACUCCGACAAGAAAUGCUGGAUGAUGUACAAAAGAAAUUGAUGAGCUUAGCAAACAGCUCAGAAGGAAAAGUAGACAAAGUCCUAAUGAGAAACCUCUUCAUCGGUCAUUUCCACACACCGAAAAAUCAGCGUCAUGAAGUGUUACGGUUAAUGGGGAGCAUCCUGGGCGUCAGAAGGGAGGAGAUGGAGCAGUUGUUUCAUGACGAUCAGGGCGGUGUUACCAGGUGGAUGACUGGGUGGCUUGGAGGAGGAUCAAAAAGUGUUCCCAACACACCUUUGAGACCAAAUCAGCAAUCUGUGGUUAAUAGUUCUUUUUCAGAACUUUUUGUUAAAUUUCUAGAAACAGAAUCUCAUCCAUCCAUUCCACCACCAAAGCUUUCUGUUCAUGAUAUGAAACCUCUGGAUUCACCAGGAAGAAGAAAAAGAGAUACAAAUGCACCAGAAAGUUUUAAAGAUAUAGCAGAAUCCAGGUCUGGUAGAAGAACAGAUGUAAAUCCGUUUUUGGCUCCUCGCUCGGCAGCUGUACCUCUUAUUAACCCAGCUGGACUUGGACCUGGUGGGCCCGGGCAUCUUCUUCUGAAACCCAUCUCAGAUGUUUUGCCCACAUUUACACCUUUGCCAGCGUUACCUGACAACAGUGCUGGGGUUGUGCUGAAAGACCUUUUAAAGCAAUAGAUGAUUCUCAAGCCAGAGACAAUCUAGCACUUUAAAGAAACCAUGAACACUAUAUGUAUGUACUUUAUCACAAAGUGGCCUUUGGGGAGAAAGUCAUGUAUUUGUUCGCAAUUAUGCUUUCUCUGAAUUUAAUAAAAAUAUUCCUAAUGCUUUUAGAAA